AUUUAGAGUCGUUUUUCUAAACGAUUUUUAGGUUAUUGUAAAUAUUGAAAUAAUAAUAGAAUAAAAUAAAAUAAAGUAAAAUUUUUUGGGUGAACUACCCCUUUUGAAUAUUGCUCAUUUGAAGGAAUAAAGAAGAAGUAACAAGAACAAACAAGAAUAAUAAUUUUAAUGCAUAAAAAUUGUAAUGUUUUUAUUGCCCAAUAUAGUCAUGAAUUUCUUCUAUAAACGAUAACAAUACCCAUUUAAAGAAUAUAAGUUACCUAAAAGCGAAAAUUAAGAGAAAAUCAUUAGAAGAAUCAUACAAUAUAAAGGCUAAAGGAUGUCUGCAGGAGGUAGCCAAAUUGAAAAUUUACUCGAAAAUGUUGAAUUAAAACAAAUGCUCGAUUUUGAAACUCAAAUUUUUUUGGAUUUAGUGCACAACGAUGGUUUAGUGGUUGCCUCAAAGGGAAUCAAUUUGGAUUUGGUGAUAACGAAUCUGUUGAAAGUUUACUGUGAUCCUGGAAAUUUAGUUUUAGUAUUGAAUGCAAGCGAGAUUGAAGAGAAGCAUUAUAAAGAACAGUUGAAUGAUCCCAAUGUUUAUACCAUAACAUUUAAUUCGAGCAUUAAAGAUAGGGAAGAUAUAUAUUUGUCGGGAGGUAUCCAUUUUGUAACAACACGUAUUUUAGUUGUUGAUUUGUUGAAAAAACGGUUACCAAUAGAAAAGAUAACUGGAAUUGUAGUAUUAAAGGCUCACAGCAUUUUUGAAAGUUGUCAAGAAGCUUUUGUAUUAAGAUUGUACCGUCAAAGCAAUAAGACGGGGUUUAUUAAAGCCUUUACAAACAACGUCCAAAGUUUUACAGUCGGUUAUGGUCAUGUCGAAAAGGUGAUGAGAGCUUUAUUUGUAAAAGAACUGUAUAUUUGGCCGAGAUUUCACAAGUCUAUUCUACAAAGUUUAAAAAUUCGACAGCCCAAUGUAAUUGAAUUGCAUAUCCCAAUUUCGGAAAAAAUGAAGAAAAUCCAAACCUACACUUUGGAACUAAUGAAUUUAACUGUAAAAGAAUUGAAGCGUCUCAAUAAAACCAUCGAAUUGCAGGAAAUAACAGUUGAAAAUUGUUUAACGAAAAAAUUUCAUAAGAUCUUGCAAGCGCAAUUGGACGUUAUUUGGCAUCAGUUGAGUAAAAGAAGUCUUCAAUUAGUAUCGGAUUUGAAAACAUUGCGUCAUUUGAUGAUAACCAUGUUCCAUUCGGAUCCUGUGUCAUUUUAUUCUACCGUGAAGGAAUAUCGUACUAAAGAGUACGUCCAGACAGCCAACUGGGUGCUUUUAGACCCAGCAGACUUGCUGUUUUCACAAGCAGACACGUUUAUUUUUAAUGCAGAUAGAGAAUUUCAUCCUGAUUUCUGUCCCAAAUGGAACCCUCUCCUGGAGAUAUUGAAAGUUGAAAUACCUGCAGAAAUGAAAAAAAGGGACAUUAGUGAUAGUACCAUUCUCAUUUUAUGCUCGGAUUAUAAAAGUUGUUAUCAGUUGAAACAGAUUUUAACGAACGGUCCCCACUAUUACUUGUAUAUGACAGCAGCUUUCAGAUGCAAAUUACCAAUAAAGAAGGUAAGUAAAGCUUUUAGAGUAACUGACAGAAUUCCUGAAGAAAUUGUCAUACCAACCGAUAAAAAAGAAACGCCACAAUCGUCGAAGAAUAAAAAACUGAAAACUGAUGAUUCAAAGUCCAACAGCCCCGAAAGUGAAUCGAAGAAAACUGCGGAAGAACCAACAGACGAUGAGGAUUUUCAGAACAGUUAUAUCCUUACGAUGAGCCAAACGAUUUUGGAAGACAAACAAGAUUCCGCGAAUAAAAGUGAUUAUGUAUUUGAACCAUUUACACAGAUGGAGAAUAUGGACUUGACUCAUAUCUGUCAAAGUGUAAACGAACCGAAAAUUCUUAUUCAGACUUUUAAGGGCUCAAACGAAUUCAUUAAUUUGCAAAAUACUUUGGAGAACGUUCGACCGGAUUUUAUCAUCAUGUAUCAUUGCAGUAUGACAGCAGUUAGAGAAAUUGAAAUGUAUGAAGCGCAUCGACAAACUGAAGAAGCAGUUAAAGUAUAUUUCCUCUUACAUGCCGAUACAGUAGAAGAACAAAGUUAUUUAACCACACUACGAAGAGAAAAGGAAGCCUUUGAAUAUUUGAUACAAACGAAAUCUACUAUGGUGAUACCGGCAGAUCAAGAUGGUAAAUCCGAAGAGUGCUCUUCUCUUCAGAUGGACGUAGCAAGUCCGAAAAAGAAUACUCGUGAGGGUGGUAAAGAGCAAGCCGCUAAAAAGCAAAUGAUUAUUGUCGAUAUGAGGGAAUUCAGGAGUGAACUACCUGCUCUAAUACAUAAAAGAGGCAUUGAUAUCGAACCAAUAACUAUCUCUAUCGGAGAUUAUAUAUUGACGCCUGAAAUUUGCGUGGAGAGAAAAAGCAUUUCCGAUUUAAUCGGUUCGUUGAAUACAGGAAGAUUGUAUCAGCAAUGUACGAAUAUGUCUCGAUAUUAUACAAAGCCGAUGUUAUUGAUAGAAUUCGAUCGUAAUAAGCAAUUCGGAUGGCAGAGCAAUUACAUGAUUUCAAGUGAUUCGAACAGCUUCGACGUUCAACAAAGAUUGCUCGUGCUAACGUUACAUUUUCCCAAAUUGAAGAUUAUUUGGAGCCCUAGUCCGUACGCAUCUGCGCAACUAUUUGAAGAACUGAAGUUAGGAAAAGAAGAUCCAAACGUACAAUAUGCUUCUUCUUUAGGCGGCGAACAGGAUCUAGACGUGAUACAAUCGAAGUAUAAUUCUAAUAUAUACGAUUUUGUAUACAAAUUACCUGGAAUAACCUCUAAAAAUAUCGAUAUGUUUUUGAGGAAGGGCGUCAGCUUGAAUGAAGUUGUCAAAAAAUCAGAGGAAGAACUAAAAGAAAUUUUAGGUAAUUCAGUAGACGCUCAAGCAUUGUAUUCUUUCAUUCACAAUGAACAUAAACCCAAACAAGAGGCCGAAGAUAAUAAACAAAAGGACAAACAAAAAACUCGAUUC